AUGCUACGUUCAAUGCCAGAUUUGGCGAUUGAGAAGAACGGAAACAAACCCACGUUUUUGUCGCUACCGCUUGAGAUUCGGCUUCAGAUCUACCAUUGGCUUCACCUCAUGUGUCCUGUUCGCCACGCGCAGCUUGCACCAUGGUAUCCGACUCCGGUGCAUUGUCAAUACAUUCUCCAGCGAGUAGACCCAGCAGCUUCGUCUGAAGAUACGACAUCGGAACGUGACAAAACACCACACCAUGGGCUUCUUUCGCCAUACCGUCCUCUAUCAGGGCUUCCGACGGGCCUCCUUAGAACAAAUCUCCAAAUCUACCGCGAGGCAAGAAUGAUACCUUUUAAACAGAACGAGUUCGUCUUCGUAAACUGGUUCGCCUCAGGUCUCUGGGCCGCACGCGCCUUCACUCGAGCCCUCGCCCCAUGGCAACGAGCCGCCUUACGCUACGUCCGGCUGGAAGUGCUUGCAAGGGACGUAGUAGUCGGAGGCGCUGGCCGCGAGGAAUGGCGCGUGCUAUGCACAGAGUGGGCAUCCGGCGUUAGAGGGUUGCGCAUGAAGAUGGUUCUCGGGGCGAGCAUGUCGGCGGUGACGGAGCCGGCGUUCGGAAGCGGAGCGGGGCGCAGAGCGGAGGCGGCGCGGCGAUGGGUCGGGGAGGGGCUCGGGCUGAUGACCCGGCUGGAGAGGGUGGAGAUGGAAGUUGUGGCGAGGGAGAUGAGCGAUGCGGAGAAGAUGGAGUGGUGCGAAGUGCUGCAGGAGGAACUGAGGGAGGGAGGGCUUGAGAGGGUUGAGGUUGUGUGUACGGAAAAGGUGCAGGAGAAGAUGGAGUGGAUUAAGAGUGAUGUUGGAUGGAGGAGUCGAGAGAGAGGAGCUACAAGCUCUACCGCAGAUGAAUCUACAGGGGAUGUAUCAAGCGAAGGAAACGUAUGA